UGUGCGUGCCGCGCCCGCUCCUGCCGGGUGAGAGUCCGGGCCGGGUUUUGCGCCGUGUCCCCCGGCUUGUCUCACGGCCUCCAGCCGCCGCUGCCGUGUUUACUGAGCUCGCGCGUCCUGAUAUCACUCCGCUGGCAUGGAGGAGGAGGAGGAGGUGGAGGAGCGAGAGGAGGAGGAGGAGGCGGCGGCGGCGGCGGCGAGCAGUUGAUCAUUGUGAUGGUGGCAGGAGCAGCGGCGGCAGCGGCAGCCCAGCCGAGCGUUAGGGGCUGCUCUCCGCGCGGCGUUUUGCAAAGGACUUCGCCGAUCUACUUUUGCAGUCGCCUCGGACUGUCCAUGUGUUUACUUCCCCCAGCCCGAGGAUUCGAUAUCUAGGUUCCUGUGAAAUGCAACUGAGCAGCCAAAGUACUUUGAGAACACGGGGCGGCAUAAACACCAAAACUUUUUUGUGGAAGGAAAAUGCAAUAAGCAAGCUUGCCGUUUUCCGAUGCGGUGUGGAGUGAGUGUGUGUCGCGCGUGUCCGCACUGGAGGCAUAUGCUUGUGUGUGUACAUGGGGUGUAUUUUUCGGUACGUAGGGAGAAAAUGCUUGCCAACCACCGGAAAUCUCCUGGAAUUUAUUAGAAAAUAAUGGAUUAUAAAAAGAAGGCAGGAGAGGAGCGGAUCUCCCCUUGAGUUGCAACCCGAUUUGCUGCUGGCUCAGUUUGUUGUGAUUCUUUUUGUUGAUAGGUGUCUGAUGGUAUUCUGAUAACACCCCCCUUUUUUCCCCUCGAGCUUUACAGUUUAAAAAAAGGAAACAAAAAAAAACCCACCCCAAAAUCUCUCCCCCUUUUUUUCGCCCCGUCGGGAUCGCUGUUUCCAUCCAUGUGCUUGCGUCUCCCCCGCGUUCCACUUAAACUAUUUUAAUUCUUGGACCCAAGGAGGAGGCUGAUAGGGGGGUGGAUAAAAAAAAGUUCUUCCAAAAUAGUGUGCCCGGGGAGCAGGAUGGGGGAUUUCGCAGCCCCCGCUACUGCCGCGAAUGGCAGUAGUAUUUGCAUCAACAGUAGCCUGAACAGCAGCCUCGGCGGGGCCGGGAUCGGUGUGAAUAAUACUCCCAAUAGUACUCCCGCUGCUCCGAGUAGCAAUCACCCCGCUGCCGGCUGCGGCGGCGGCGGCUCCGGGGGCCCCGGCGGCGGCUCAGCGGCGGUCCCCAAGCACAGCACGGUGGUGGAGCGGCUCCGCCAGCGCAUCGAGGGCUGCCGGCGGCACCACGUCAACUGCGAGAACAGGUAUCAGCAGGCUCAGGUGGAGCAGCUGGAGCUGGAGCGCCGGGACACUGUGAGCCUCUACCAGCGGACCCUGGAGCAGAGGGCCAAGAAAUCGGGCGCCGGCUCGGGCAAGCAGCAGCACCAGAGCAAACCCCAGCAAGAUGCGGAGGCUGCUUCGGCGGAGCAGAGGAACCACACGCUGAUCAUGCUCCAAGAGACUGUGAAAAGGAAGUUGGAAGGAGCUCGAUCACCACUUAAUGGAGACCAACAGAAUGGUGCUUGCGAUGGGAGUUUUUCUCCAACAAGCAAGAGAAUACGAAAGGACAUUCCUACAGGAAUGGACACCAUCAACAUGCCACUGCCUUCAGCUUCUCCUCUUCACCAACUUGACCUGAAGCCUUCGUUGCCCUUGCAGAAUAGUGGAACUCACACUCCUGGGCUUCUAGAAGACCUAAGUAAGAAUGGUAGGCUUCCAGAGAUCAAACUUCCUGUCAACGGUUGCACUGACCUGGAGGACAGCUUCACCAUCCUGCAGAGCAAGGACCUCAAACAAGAGCCUCUAGAUGACCCUACUUGCAUAGACACAUCAGAAACAUCUCUUUCAAAUCAGAACAAGCUGUUCUCAGACAUUAACCUGAAUGAUCAGGAGUGGCAAGAAUUAAUCGAUGAGUUGGCCAACACAGUUCCUGAAGAUGACAUACAGGACCUGUUCAACGAAGACUUCGAAGAGAAGAAGGAGCCCGAAUUCUCACAGCCGGCCACGGAGACCCCUCUCUCCCAGGAGAGUGCGAGUGUGAAGAGCGACCCCUCUCACUCUCCUUUUGCACACGUCUCCAUGGGAUCCCCGCAGGCGAGGCCCUCGUCUUCUGGCCCUCCCUUUUCUACCGUGUCCACGGCCACAAGUUUACCUACGGUCGCCAGCACUCCCGCAGCUGCAAACCCCGCAAGCUCACCAGCAAACUGUGCUGUCCAGUCCCCUCAGACUCCGAACCAAGCCCACACUCCAGGCCAAGCCCCACCUCGGCCUGGAAACGGUUAUCUCCUUAAUCCAGCGGCCGUGACCGUGGCGGGCUCCGCGUCGGGCCCAGUGGCCGUGGCCAGCUCCGACAUGUCCCCAGCGGAGCAGCUCAAGCAGAUGGCUGCGCAGCAGCAACAAAGGGCCAAGCUCAUGCAACAGAAGCAGCAGCAGCACGCCAACCAGACUUCCAGCUGGUCUCCCUUAGGGCCCCCGUCCAGCCCCUACGGAGCAGCUUUCGCUGCGGAAAAACCAAAUAGCCCACUGAUGUACCCCCAAGCCUUUAACAACCAAAACCCCAUAGUGCCUCCCAUGGCCAACAACCUGCAGAAGACGACAAUGAAUAACUACCUCCCUCAGAACCACAUGAACAUGAUCAAUCAGCAGCCAAAUAACUUGGGUACCAACUCCUUAAACAAACAGCACAACAUCCUCACCUACGGCAACACUAAGCCUCUGACCCAUUUUAACGCAGACUUGAGUCAGAGGAUGACCCCCCCGAUGGCCAACCCCAACAAAAACGCCCUGCUGCCCUACAUCCAGCAGCAGCAGCAGCCGCCCCCACCGCCGCCUCCACCCCAGCAGCCGCCGCCACCGCCGCAGCUCCAGGCGCCCAGGGCGCACCUGAGCGAGGAGCAGAAGCGCAUGCUUCUCAUGAAGCAGAAGGGAGUGAUGACGCAGCCGCUGGCGUACGCCGCGCUCCCGUCCCACGGUCAGGAGCAACAUCCCGUUGGACUGCCCCGGACCACAGGCCCCAUGCAGUCCUCGGUGCCCCCAGGCUCAGGCGGCAUGGUGUCCGCUGCCAGUGGCGCGGGUCCCGGCUUCCUUGGCAGCCAGCCCCAGGCAGCCAUCGUGAAGCAGAUGCUCCUGGAUCAGCGGGCCCAGCUGAUGGAGCAGCAGAAGCAGCAGUUCCUGCGGGAGCAAAGGCAGCAGCAGCAACAGCAGCAGCAGCAACAGCACAUUCUGGCCGAGCAGCAGCUGCAGCAAUCCCAUUUACCACGCCAGCACCUCCAGCAGCAGCGGAAUCCAUACCCAGUGCAACAGGUCAAUCAGUUCCAAGGUGAGGCCAGUGUGCCCUCUUCCGUUCUAUGCCAUCAAGCCGUGACAUGUUCUCCCCAGGAUAUAGCAGCCGUGAGAAGCCAAGCAGCCCUCCAGAGCAUUCGAACGUCACGGUUGAUGGCACAGAACGCAGGCAUGAUGGGAAUGGGACCCUCCCAGAACCCAGGGACAAUGGCCACGGCAGCAGCCCAGUCAGAGAUGGGACUGGCCCCUUACAGCAACACACCUACCAGCCAACCAGGAAUGUACAGUAUGAGCACAGGAAUGACCCAAAUGUUGCAGCACCCAAACCAAAGUGGCAUGAGCAUCACACACAACCAAGCUCAGGGGCCAAGGCAGCCCACCUCCGGGCAAGGGGUUGGGAUGGUGAGUGGUUUCGGUCAGAGCAUGCUGGUGAACUCAGCCAUUACCCAGCAGCACCAGCCGAUGAAAGGGCCGGUGAGCCAAGCGCUGCCGAGGCCCCAGGGCCCGCCCAGGCUGCAGGGCAUCAUGGGAACGGUCCAGCAGGGCACGCAGAGCUGGCCGCAGAGGAGCUUACAGGGGAUGCCGGGGAGGACUAGUGGCGAACUGGGAUCGUUCAACAACGGCGCCGGCUACCCGCUUCAGGCUGGCCAGCCGAGGCUGACCAAGCAACACUUCCCGCAGGGACUGAGCCAGGUUGUGGAUGCCAACACUGGCGCCGUGCGAACCCUCAACCCGACCGCCAUGGGCCGGCAGAUGAUGCCACCGCUCCCGGGGCAGCAAGGCAGCGGCCAGGCCAGGCCGAUGGUCAUGUCUGGCCUGAGCCAGGGCGUCCCCGGCAUGCCAGCCUUCAGCCAGCCCCCAGCGCAGCAGCAGAUGCCCAGCGGCAGCUUCGCCCCGAGCAGCCAGAGCCAGGCCUAUGAGCGGAACCCCCCUCAGGACAUGUCCUACAAUUACAGCGGGGAAGCGGCCGGCGCCUCCUUCCCCGGCCUCUCGGACAGCGCGGACCUCGUGGACUCCAUCAUCAAAGCCGGGCCGGGGGACGAGUGGAUGCAGGAGCUUGAUGAGUUGUUUGGGAACCCCUAGUCAAGAGGAACCCCGAGAGCCACAACUCUAGCGUUGAAAGCUUAAAACGUGAAAAAGAAACAGGAUGUUGAGCCAUCCCUGUUUUUUGUUUUUUUGACCCACGUAAACUGAGCAAAACUGCUGCUGGCUGAUGGUGAAGGAUCCAGGUGCCAAUCCACAGGCCCGCUGGGCCUCAUUCCACCUGAUCGUCACACAGCAACCGAGACAACACGCCACGCGGAUCCCUGCUGCAAGAGAGGGAGACACCGCGGAGGCCGGUGGGGAAGCCAGAGCCCAAGCCCCUCUGCUCCGCACUCCCUGUGCUCACCUGGCCCCAGGAGCGCUGCUCCAGCGGCGACAGACUGCUGCCCAGCGUGCGGGCUCCGCCACCCCUCCGGGCCCCGUCCGGAGACCACAGAGCCUCGGGCCAGGCGUGACCCACGGAGGCUGCUGCGAGGUUGCACAGGCCAAGAGCACAGGUCAGAAGCGUGCUGAACUCUGGCUGGAAGGAGAGGUCGGGCGUCGAGACAUGCUACUGUGUUUGGAGGGUAGGCACGAAGAACAGGAGACUACAAAGGAUCCUAGGAGCCUGUCUGCUGCCCUGUGAUGACCCUCAGGAAUUUUAGAGGCGUUGCUGUCAGCUGCCUCUCAAAGAGAGCCAAGUGAGCCUGGUGAAUGGUGUCCCUGGCAGUCCUGGGGGAGGCAGCCCUCUGCCGGUGACCAUGACCGUGGCAGCCGGCACUCCCUGUAGUUGGGCUGGAGCCUCUUGGGGGCCCAGUGUCAUACCGAAACGUCUAGGCAGUUCACAUCUACUUCCAGUGGCCACAGGGUGGGGAGACCCCGACUGGAUGCUGUGUCUGCCAGUGUGGCCACUUUUCCUGCACCCUGCCCUUGUUCCUUCUUGCCUUGCCCCAUCCUGCCCUUGCUUCUCCUUACAGACUAUACGAGAAGAAAUGAAGCUUUUGUCUUUAGGGGGCCUGAGCAGAAUCAUAAUAAAAGCAAGAACUUAGACAAUGCCUGAAAUGCAAAGGCAACACUGGAGUUUUCUUUCUCUAACGUGUAGUUGAGUGAAUAUUCUCUGCCCGGAACUGAGCAGGCCCCUCUGAUGUUCCAUGGUGGGUUACUACGAGCUACACCUGAUACUUCUGGUCUACCCUGGGAAGCAUGGCCCAAGGGGCGCUGACUCUGGCUCCCUUUGGAAAAAUCCCAGGGUGAUGCUCUGAAAUUGGCCUUGCCCUUAAUCCCUCCUCACUGGAAAGACAAAUCUAAAACGCUGAGAGAUGAGGAACUGAAAAGUCAAAUGCUCCACCUAACACAUUUUGACAAUAAAAAGAAGGAAGAUACAGUUCCUUCCAUAUGGGCAAAGUCAUCCACUUCCAAAGUCCUGUGCAGUCGUUCUCUUUGUAAUUCGCUCAAAUCUGCCCCAAUCGAAGUCUGUCGUAAGGGAUGACAACCUCUGCUACUUACCAUUAGGCUUGUGUCUUUAGUCCUUGCUGCUGUUUGGGAGACCACGUGGCAUAAUUAUUGUCCAGAAUAAGAGUGGAGUGUGCUUUUCUCCCACCACACGCUCCCUCCGUGUCCGAAAGCCUGGCUCCCUCUGUGUGUCCACACGCACCUCGCCGCAUCAUGCAUGGGCCCAGGCUGUGGGGAGCUGGACUGGCUGCACCCGCGGAGGAGAGGGGGCUGUCCUGAGACGGUGGGGGGGUGGAAUGGAAAGCUGGGGGCAGAGGGCGGAGAGGCAGCAGGCUGGCAAACACCGCCUUUGGCUUGCUCGCCCUGUCCCACGGUGGUAGAUCUACUGAGCAAGGGGCAGGAUGGAGACCAGAGGAGGCCAGGUGGGCAAGAGCCCAGGCAGGGGCUGUGCUCCUCCUAGGAAGAUGUGGUGGCAGGUGACCAUGAACUCCUUGCAUGGGGAGGGACACCACCGUGGAAACUCUUGAAUAGAAACAGAUAAAAACCAAAAAAAAAGAAAAGAAAAAAGUAAACAAGCAAGAAGACAGAAAACAUAAUUACCUUUUUCUGAAAGGUACAGGAAACAAAUAUAUGAGCAAUGAUGAGAAACUGGAGGUGGCUGAUGAGAGAAGGGGGCUCCAUUACCUUUUAAUAGCUUCCUCCAAAUGCUUAGUACUGGGACCAACUAAAUAGAGAGGUAGAUUUUAAUAAGGUCGUUUUGUUUUGUUUUUGUUUUUGUUUUUACUACGGUGCUGAUGUAUAUGUAAUGUCUAAAAAAGUUAUUUGUAAAUAAGUUUUUACAAUACUGCAGAUAUCACUGGGUCUACUAUCUGUAAAAAAUAUACAUAUAAAUAUAUAUAUACUGUUUGUUUAAAAUAGAGUAUUUUUAUUUCAUUCCUUAACUCAUCAUCACAGCACUGGUAUAUUGCACUUCAGAUGACAUCUAAUGACUAAUUUGUACUGUAUGACCUAUGGCAACUUGCUCCAUUUUAUUCAGAUUUUUCUAGUUUUCUGUUUUUACUUUGUACAUUGAGCAUUGCUUAUUUCCUUUUAAGAAAUGUACAGAACUCUGAAAUGUAGAAAUGAAGUGAUGUUGACAUACCACUUUUAAAGAAAACAAAACAAAUAAAAGAUCAUUAUCUGAA